AUGGAAAAGUCUGUCGAUGACGUCAGUAAUAGCUGUGAACUUAAGCAGGCGGAUCGCGUAGCUGAACUCCCCGGGCAACCCCAAAUGGAUGAAGGCCCCAAAUUGACAGCUUUAGAUGCUAAAAGAUACAUCAAAGUGGUAGAAUCCAGGCUGACAAGAGAGAAAUAUGUCGAAUUUCAUGGUAUCUUGCAAGAAUUCAGGGAACAUAGCAUUGACGUCCCUGGUGUCAAAAUGAAGUUGAUGAAACUGUUCAACAGAGAUGAAGAACUACUUUUGGGUCUGAAUAUAUUUCUUCCUGAAGAUUCACAAAUCAUCUUGACACAAGAAGAUGAGCCUAAUGAUCCAGUCAUCCAACUUGUACAGCAUAUUAAGAUGCGACUUCAAGAUGAAAAUCAUAUUUAUAUAUCUUUUCUAUCUAUUUUAAAUUUGUAUAGAAUGGGAAAAUUAUCAGCUAAUGAGGUCCAUAAGAAGGUUGCCGAUCUUUUUCAAGACCAUCAAGACCUAAUUACUGAGUUUACCAACUUUUUACCUCAAUCCCAUGCAAAUUCCAUUGGAAUCCAUAACACCCGCAACGAACACUCGAGCUCAUCAUUAACCAAAAAGAGACGUUUUUGGUCUAAAGAGGAAACUAUGGCCUCUCAUACCGAAGAUGUUGAGAUUGGUGGUCAGCCUAAUCCAAAUCAUGGAAAAGCAUUUGCCAAAUGUCAUGAGAAAGGAAAAAGGAAAAGGUCUACAACCGGUGGGAAACUUAAAUUGGGCUCUAAGAGAUCUACAACGUCAAUAAAAGACAAGCAUAAGGCAAAACUAUCUCAAGACCUCGACCUCUCUACUAGUGAAAGCUGCAAUCCAAGUUAUAAGCUUGUCCCAAGAGAUUGUCCUAAACUACCCAAAGCAAAUCAAAGAAAAACAAUGGAUGAUGAAGUACUGAAUGAUCAUUGGGUUUCUGUUAUUUAUGAAAAGGAGGGUCACUCUUUCAAACCAUUGAUCAAAAACCAAUACAAAGAAAUCUUAUUUCAACAUGAAGAUGACAGGUUUGAGUUGGAUAUGGGUAUAGAAUGCAUAACGCUUACGAUUAAACAAGCAGAAGAAUUAAUGGAGAGAAUUGAUAAAAAAAUCUAUCAAGAUAAGCAAUGUCAAGGUUUGAGGUUCAUCACAAAUAUUUAUGAUGAUUAUGGACAUGAUAUGGUGAAUGAAUUAAGGAAAAAUGUGUCUUCUGGUCUGCCUGUAAUAUUAAUUCGUAUGAAGCAGAAACAAGAGGAAUGGAUAAUGUUCUAUUUAGAACUGGAUAAGUUGUCGCGCCAAAUUUUUGUUGAAAACCAUCAAUUGUCUCUAGAUCAUCAUGGUUUCUAUCUCAAGCAACAGGAUGAAAAGAUUUUACGUGAUACAGUUUUGUUGGCGGAAAUCAAUAAAAUUAGUGAAGCCAAUUCAAAAGAGGAUAAUAGUCAUCAAGUUCCACAUCUAGACUUCAAGUACUAUGAUCUGUAUAUUCAUGGAGACUUCUUUAAGCUCAUAAAAGUUUAUGGUUCUGGAAUAUUUUCCUCAAAACAACUUGAAGAUGUUUUGAAAAUCUGGACUUGCUUGGUGGAACCGUUGUUUGGUUUUGUUCAAAUAGUAGAAACGAGCAACGACAAUUAUCAUGAGUUCGUGACAAACGAGGUUGAUUUAUUUUCCCUUGUAGAUCUUGAAAAAGGUGGUUUUGUAGCAUGCAUGGGUGAUAGAAUGAAGGUAGACAAUACAACAGAGGAUGUCGGCAAACAAAAUUACCAUGAUAAACAUCAGGAGAGUGAUUUAGGCAAAGAUGUCGGUGCUAAUAAUCUACAUGUGUUCUAUGGAGAUGAUGCCUUCUACAUUUUCUUCAGACUUCAUCAUGAAUUAUACUCAAGACUCCAAGAAGCUAAACAAUCUACAAGUGAGAAAUGGCAGCGUUUAAAUGAUACAACGUGUAAUGAUUCAAAUGCUAUAUUCUUGGAUUUCCUACAUAAUUAUCUUGUAAAUAGAGAAAAAUAUGAAUAUGAAUGCCGAACUAGUUUUGUCACUAGGGCAGGACUUAUCUACUCGAUAGCAAGGUUAAUCAGCAAACUUUCCAGACAGCUACUAGCUAUUGCCAAUAAUGAGGUCGAUAACAAGCUUCUAGACUUGUUUGUUCAUGAGAAAUCAAGAGAACCUGGGAGUUUUGUAGAAGAAGUUUAUAUUGAAAAAGCAAGCAUGAUUGUUAAUGGCAAUAAAAAAUUUCGGUUUGAGCAUCUACUUAUACCAGAUACAGAAGGACAAAACAGAUUAACGAUAUCACAUAUAAACUUAUAUGAAAGGAAAACCCGCUCCAGCCCAAGACUAUAUGAUAUGUAUUAG